AUGCAGCUUCACGUGCGGCAGGUUGACCUCCAAUGCCCAGUCCAUGCAAAGAAGCGUUGGGUCAGCGCUCCUCUUAGGACUCGACAACAUCCGAAAGCAUGCUUCCAGCAGCAGCGCAAGCUGUCUGAUGCUUAUUUUCCUAAGCCGCACUCCAAAAAGUCUAAUGGGAGCAAUUUAGUUGUGCGGUCAUCUGACGACAACAAAAUUGGCGCAAAGACAUACGCGCCAAAGACCGCCCCGUCUGACCGCGUAUUGUCAAUUUGGCGUCGAGUAGACGCUGUUUGCUUUGAUGUCGACUGCACCAUCACCGUCAAUGACUCCCUCGACCUACUGGCCGAGUUCAUGGGGGUCAAGGACCAGGUGCAGGAGCUCACCAACAAGGGCAUCAAGGAGCUCAUCACCGCCCUCCAGGCCCGAGGGGUGGCUAUCUACCUUAUCAGCGGAGGAUUUAGGGAGCUCACAUUGCCCAUCGCGGCCUAUUUAGGCAUCCCCAAGUCCAACGUAUUCGCCAACCGAAUGAACUGGCAGUGGGACGAUGAAACCGGGGAGCCGACCAAGCUGGUUGGGUUUGACUUAUCGGAGCCUACGGCACACAACCAGGGCAAGCCUGAGGCCAUCGCGCGCAUCCGGCAACGCAACCCGUACAACACCGUAGUCAUGAUUGGUGACGGCAUCACCGACCUGGAGGCCGUACAGAUUACAGGCGGUGCGGAUCUUUUCAUCGGGUACGGCGGUGUCGUGGAGCGACCGGCGGUGGCGGCGGAGGCGGAGUG